GUUUGACAAAACCACUGCAUAUGUCAAGAAUUUUAUACAGGUUAGAUAAACAAACUGCAUGUUGGCCUGCAUGACCGUGGUCGGUCCAUUCGAGGACGGUGGUGCUCAUUGAAUCGAAGCAUAAUAUAGGACAAAUUUGAAAUGUCUUCCCCUGUUUACGAGUACCACUAUUUCGGUCAUCGGGGGAUACGUGGCCGUCAUAUCAGGACGAUCCUCAGAGACCAGAAAAUACCUUUUGUAGAGCACGUUCAUGACCAUGACAAUUGGGAGGACUUCAAAGCAACUUUGCCAUUCGGUUCGACGUUGCCGUUAUUGAAAGAUGGUGACUUCACCCUGUUACAGUCAAAUGCCAUCCUUCGAUAUCUUGGCCGAAAACACGAUUUAUACGGCGAUAACCUGAAGGAGGCUGCGCGGAUUGACAUGAUCAACGAUGGCGUUGAGGAUUUAAGGAUCAAAUUUGUCAUGCAAUUCUUCAUGGCCAAAGAUAUGGACGAAAGUGACGAAGCAGAAUAUGUGAAAAAUAUUCCGAAGUCUUUGGAACCAUUUGAAAAAUUAUUAGCUGAAAACGAUGGUGGAGCUGGAUUUAUGGUUGGAAAGAAGAUAAGCUUCCUUGAUUUCAACCUCUUCGACAUCCUGGAAACGCACCUGCAGGUGCUCGACAAGGACUGUCUCUCAGAAGUCCCCCUGCUUCAGGCCUACCACGAGCGCAUGGCCAGCAGGCCAAUUAUCAAAGCCUGCAGGGAACUUUCGACCUGGUCCAUAAAGAACCGGUUCCAUGGCCGCACAUUUUGGGUGUAAGGACUGCCUGGACAUCAGGUGGUCGAGCGCACGAUUAUAGCGGGCCAGUUUUCAGAGCGGUCCUGCAAAGGAACAAUCCGAAUGUUAAGGUCAUGUUCGAGGCGGCAAAUUUUCGGUCCAAAACCAAGAGCAAGAAGACAAUGUUUUGACUUAUCAGCAGUACUCUAUCUUUAAUAUAAUGGUUGCUACAAUAGGCUCCGCUUUAUAGACCAACACUCCCUAUAAGAAUAGUCCUCGUCGAUGUUUUGGUGAUUCAAAUACAGUUAUUUUAUUUUGUCGAAAAAUAAAGAAAAUAUCAUGAUUUCA